CUGAAGAAUAUCAGCAUCAACUUCUGGAAUGUCUUUCGCCAUCUAGUGUCGGUGCGCUGCAACCGGCCACGGUGAAAAUACCGAGCAAGUGACUGCGCUUCACACAGACAUCCAGCCAGAGAGAGAGAGAGAGUGACGAGGCUGUGUGAGUUUUCUGGUGCCGUGCCUGCCCGCCACAUGCUGGCUGUUCGAAGCCUUCUGAGUCUCGGCUUGCUGGUGGCUGGGCGAACUGCCACACACCCUCUCGCCAUCAGACACUCGACGAGGGUCCAGUUACCUGUAUGCGUCAGACAGCACCUGUGGUGGACAGAACAAGCACGCAGCAUGGCUGACGAGGGUACCAUGCGUGAGACUCCAGACAAAACGAUAAAGUAUUUAGGGAGACGUACACGUUUCACCGGCAUGAAACAGUUUUCGUCCAAGUUUUCUCGCACCGAGGAGGAAAUGGCUCCUGAGGUGACGUAUAUCAGCCAAGAGGAGGCCCAAGCCAUUGAUCAAGAGCUCUUCAACGAGUAUCGCUUCAGCGUAGACCAGCUCAUGGAACUUGCCGGUCUCAGCUGUGCCACUGCCAUCGUCAAGGCAUACCCUCUGGAAACCUUUCCUGCCAAGAAACAUACACUGCUCAUCAUCUGCGGUCCAGGAAAUAAUGGUGGAGAUGGGCUGGUAUGUGCCCGACAUCUCAAGCUCUUUGGAUAUGAACCAACAAUUUUCUAUCCUAAACGUCCCAACAAGCCUCUCUUCCAAGCUUUAACAACACAAUGCGAGCGGAUGGACAUCCCAUUUCUCUCAUACCUGCCAACACAGGUGCAGCUGCUGAAUGAUGCUUACAGCUUGGUGGUGGAUGCUAUUUUUGGGUUCAGUUUCUCUGGGGAGGUACGCGAACCGUUUGGGACCAUUCUGACCACGCUCAAGCAGGUCAACAUGCCCAUUAUCAGCAUUGACGUGCCUUCAGGCUGGGACGUGGAGGCGGGUAAUCCGGACGGAAUUCAACCGCAGAUGCUCAUCUCACUGACGGCACCCAAGCGAGCCGCACGGCAUUUCCAUGGGAAAUACCACUUCUUGGGCGGCCGCUUCGUCCCGCCCGAUCUGGCUAGGAAGUACAACCUCACCCUCCCCGAAUACCCUGGCACGAGCUGUGUCCUGUCUCUUCUCUAGUCGUUGCUGGUAGCAGUAUAUAACAAACAAAAGAACUUUCAGGUUUAUUUCAAGGUCACGAAAUAAGGAUUGUAAUUAAAUGCAUCGUAAAAUGAAAGAUUAUCAAGCCACUUAGGCUAGGAUUUUAUUUGUAUGCGUGUUGAACUUCUUUUUCACAGUACUAGCCAACCAAUUAUUAUUGACAUUGUUAAUGCAAGAUCUGUAUCAGGUUCCGUACGUUUGUGUUAUCAGCAUUUUGCAAUGUGCUUUAAAUCCGAGUUGUUAUUUUUUGUUAUAUUUCGACAGCUGUAUGGCUCAAUUUGCUGUGGUUUCUAAGGGUCUACAGACUGUAAAUGCAGCAUUCGAGAUGUUUCAUUGCUAUAGAGUAUUUUAUUUUGCAACUGCUUUUUGGUAGUUAUUUGUUUUGAAUUGUGAAGAAUAAUCUAUCAUGGAAUGAUAGUCUUUAAUUGUGGUAUUCUAAAUUGCAAAAUAAAUGUGUAAGACAUCAGUG